AUGUCCCAGGCCACUGAAGGCAAAAGCGUGGGAUUCUAUCUUACCUUCCUAUCCCUCUCACUCUACGCCUUCACGCAUGCGCUGGAGACUACGAUCUUUCCUAUAGCCCUUCCGAGUAUUCAAAACGACUUUUCCGCGUCGACCGUGCAAUACUUCUGGGCCAACUCGGUCUUCCUGCUGUUAACUGUGCUGACCCAGCCUCUCGUCACCAGCUUCUCCAACAUCUUCGGUCGAAUAUAUCUACUCUACAGUUGCGUCUUCCUAUUUGCAGCUGGAGCGGCCCUUGUCGGUGGGGCGCCGAACAUCUAUGUGCUCAUUGCCGGCCGGCUCGUCCAGGGGAUUGGCGGUGGAGGGGUGGAUGUACUGACUGAGAUUAUCGUCACCGAUAUAACUAGCCUGAAAGAAAGAGCCUUUUAUGUCGGCUUGUUAAACAUUCCCACCGCUAUGGGCUCCGUUUUGGGACCUGUGGUAGGGGGAGCUUUUUCGACGUAUGUCAGUUGGAGAUGGGUUGCGUGGAUAGAUCUGCCGCUUCUAGGCGUGGGUGCAGCACUCAGUAUGCUCUUUCUUCGUCUGAAACCGGUCGAAAUGUCCUCGCGAAUGAAAUGGGAGCGCAUUGACUGGGUCGGGAUGGGGCUUUUUGUCAUUGGGUUUGCUGCCACAAUCGCUCCCCUUAGCUGGGGAGGCGUGCUUUUCCCAUGGAGGGCGUGGCAGACAUACGUGCCACUGACAAUCGGGCCGCUGAUACUAGGAGUCCUUGUACUCCAUGAAUAUCGCGCUGAAGACCCCAUGCUUCCUCAUCGGAUCCUUGCAGGCACAACUUCUGUGUGCUGCAUGAUUGGGUCUCUAAUCCAUGGGCUGAUAACAGCCUCUGUUAUCUAUAUUCUCCCUCUUUAUUUUCAAGGCGUCCAGCAGGAAUCACCGAUAGAUUCCGCCAUCAGUGCCUUUCCACUCAGCUUCCUGGCCGUUCCUUCUGGUUCAGUUGCGGCGUUCUUGGUUACUUUCUGUUCCCAGUACAACUGGAUCAUGUGGACAGGGUGGGUUACCAUCAGCGUGGGUGUCGGGAUUAUGUCGCUUUUGGACCUGCAAUCUUCCAGAAGCCUUCAAUUGAGCCUCCAGGUUCCGGGGGGUAUAGGUGUGGGCAUCUUGUAUACGAUAAUCGCCAUUCCCUUGCAGGCGAAGAUGCAUGUUGAUGAUGUCGGUCUUGCAGUGGGCACCCUGGUUUUCUUCAGGCUCACUGGCCAGAUACUUGGCCUUGCAAUCAGCGCCGCCAUCUUUUCUAAUACGUACACUGCUCGUGUUUCGCGCUUGGAGAACCUCCCGGCGGUAGCGGAGCAGUAUAAAGACGGUGGUACAGCAGUCUACGCCAUCGAAAAGUUGUCGUCUCUUGACGGAUAUCCGUUAGCCAAACAAAAAAUACUUGAAACUUACGCCGUCAGCUUGCAUUACGUCUGGAUAGCACUGGCGGUACUGGCGCCUGUUGGGCUGUUGACCAGUCUCUUCGUCAAGUGUAAGCCAUUGAACAGGGAUGAGACAGGAAGGCAGGGCUUUGCCGACAUAAGGCUUCAGGAGCAACGUAUCUAG